UGUGGGAUGUAAUGUGGUGUGGUCGUCGCGCGGAACAUUCACCCCCUUCUUCCCUCCCGCUUCGUGAAGACUGGCGUUCGGCGCGUGCAGAAUGGCGCGGUUCACAGACGAGGCGCCGGCCCGGUACGGCGGAGGUGGAGGUGGCAGUGCAGUGGCGCAUGCGCACGGGCAGGGCGGCGCGGCGCGCGGGGCCAGCAGGCAGGGCGGCCCACCGGGAGCGCAGCGCGUGUACAAGCAGUCGAUGGCCCAGCGCGCGCGCACGAUGGCCCUGUACAACCCUAUCCCGGUGCGACAGAACUGCUUCACCGUCAACCGGUCCCUCUUCAUCUUCAGCGAAGACAACUUUGUGAGAAAAUACGCCAAAAAGAUCACCGAGUGGCCUCCGUUUGAGUAUAUGAUCCUGGCCACCAUCAUUGCUAACUGCAUUGUCCUGGCACUGGAGCAACAUCUCCCUGACGGUGACAAGACACCAAUGUCUGAGCGCCUGGAUGACACAGAACCUUAUUUCAUUGGCAUCUUCUGCUUUGAGUCUGGCAUUAAGAUUCUGGCUCUGGGUUUUGCCUUCCAUAAGGGCUCCUACCUCCGAAAUGGCUGGAAUGUCAUGGACUUUGUAGUGGUGUUGACUGGAAUUCUAUCGACAGUGGGUUCAGACUUCGACCUGAGGACGCUGCGGGCUGUCAGAGUGCUGAGACCCCUGAAGCUGGUGUCUGGGAUUCCCAGCCUGCAGGUGGUGCUCAAAUCCAUCAUGAAGGCCAUGAUCCCCCUGUUGCAGAUUGGCCUGCUGCUCUUCUUCGCCAUUCUCAUGUUUGCCAUCAUCGGCCUUGAGUUCUACAUUGGCAAAUUUCACACCACCUGCUUCGAUAUCAUCACUGAGGAAAUUCGGGAAGAGUUUCCAUGUGGAACUGAGUCCCCCUCUCGAAUGUGUCCAAAUGGUACAAUCUGUAAGAAAUACUGGCUUGGACCAAACUAUGGAAUCACGCAGUUUGACAACAUCCUGUUUGCCGUCCUCACCGUCUUCCAGUGCAUCACGAUGGAGGGCUGGACAGAUCUUCUUUACUAUAGUGAUGACGCCUCAGGCAGUGCAUGGAACUGGAUGUACUUCGUCCCCCUCAUCAUCAUUGGCUCUUUCUUCAUGCUCAACCUGGUACUUGGAGUGCUGUCUGGUGAGUUUGCUAAAGAGCGAGAGCGGGUGGAGAACCGCAGUGAGUUCCUGAAACUGAGGCGACAGCAACAGAUUGAGAGAGAACUGAAUGGAUAUCUGGAGUGGAUCUGCAAAGCAGAGGAAGUGAUUCUGGCUGAUGAGGACAAUGACGGUGAUGACCGGAUGCCCUUUGAUGGAUCACGGAGAAGACCAACGCUAAAGAAGAGCAAAAAUGACCUGCUAAACCCAGAUGAGGGAGACGGAGACCAUUUUACAUCUCAUUUUUGUCUCUCAGGCUCUCCGUUUGCUCGUGCCAGCCUGAAGAGCUCCAAGCUCGAGGGCUCGUCCUUCCGAAAGAAGGAGCGGCGGCUGCGUUUCUUUAUUCGCCACAUUGUGAAAACGCAGGCUUUCUACUGGACUGUGCUCUGUUUAGUUGGUCUGAACACUCUGUGUGUGGCCGUGGUCCACUACGACCAGCCCGAGCUGCUGUCAGACUUCUUGUACUUUGCAGAGUUUAUAUUCCUUGGGAUUUUCAUGUCGGAGAUGUGUAUUAAAAUGUAUGGACUCGGAACUCGGCCAUAUUUUCACUCUUCCUUUAACUGCUUUGACUGCAUCGUCAUAUGUGGCAGUAUUUUCGAGGUGCUCUGGGCAAUGAUCCAGCCUGGGACAUCAUUUGGGAUUAGUGUAUUACGAGCUCUCAGGUUGCUAAGGAUCUUCAAAGUGACCAAGUACUGGGCCUCCUUGAGGAAUCUGGUGGUGUCUCUGCUGAACUCCAUGAAGUCCAUCAUCAGCUUGCUCUUCCUCCUCUUCCUUUUCAUUGUGGUCUUUGCUCUCCUUGGCAUGCAGCUGUUUGGAGGACAGUUUAAUUUUGAAUCAGGAACACCACCAACAAACUUCGAUACAUUUCCUGCAGCAAUAAUGACUGUGUUUCAGAUUCUGACAGGUGAGGACUGGAACAUGGUGAUGUAUGAUGGCAUUGAAUCUCAGGGAGGAGUCAACAAGGGCAUGGUCUUCUCCAUCUUCUUCAUUGUUCUCACACUCUUUGGCAACUGUAUCCAGAUUAACUAGAUUACACACACACACACACACACACACAAGAUACAAAUUGUUCGGUUCCUUAACACUAUGUCCAGACACAUUGCUGAAUGUGUUUUUGGCCAUCGCUGUGGA